AUGCCUACUCUUCAACCAUGGACAAACACAGCACGCUCGGGCCGGCUAACGAGUUUCCCCGAGAUUCGUAAAGAGAAAGUCGUCACAGUGUACACCCUGGAAUGCUACCCCAACACAAAGAUCACAGGCAUCUCGAUGCCAAGCGAGGAGGGAGGGUGCCCGGUUGGCUUCGAAAGCGAGAACGUACAAUCGGUGGUUAAGAAUGUCGGCACGCUUGCAGGGGACUUGGGAGUGUCCGACAUCCCUGAGACGCACCAAAUGACGCCAUCCUUGACCAUGGAGAGAGUACUCUGCAAGGAGCUACCGGCGAGAAAAGCGAAAAGAAAAAAACCGCCCAGGAAGGGCAAAAUACCGCCCUGCGAAAGAAAACUACGGAGCGACAGCCCGGAGUAUAUUCGCAUCCAGACGGCCCAGCUCAUCCUCGCCACGGAGAAUCUGCGGGAGAAUGGGACCAUGGUUGUGUUGAUGCGCAAGCCAGAAAAUCCACCCACGACGGAGCUGCUGAGAUUGUUUUCGCAGUUUUCGGAAAUCAGCUUAUUCAAACAUCGCCAUCACUACCAGACAACUUCAUCGUUUUACAUGGUUGCCAAGAAUGUUCAAACUCGUAGCGAAAAGGCUACUCGGGCGAUUGCGAAACGGAGAAAGAAGUGGAAGGAGACUACGCUGAGACAAGCUGGGGAAGCAGACGAGAGUGAGGAAUCCGUCGGCGACGAGUUUGAAAAUGUGUCCGACUUGAUUGGGGCCCAGUGCUGA